CAGCCUUUAUAGCAUCUGGCUACAAGCUUGCGACAGAGCCAAAGAGGGGAGACAUGGAGACAAAUUUGCAGAAGAGGCGCGAGAGUAAGAAAUCGUUGCGGGUGAAAGUGAUCAGCUUGGGAAACGCAGAAGUGGGUAAGAGCUGUAUCAUUAAACGAUACUGUGAGAAAAGGUUUGUCUCCAAAUAUCUGGCCACUAUUGGAAUUGACUAUGGCGUUACAAAGGUUCAAGUACGGGAUAGAGAGAUGAAAGUGAAUAUUUUUGACAUGGCGGGACACCCAUUUUUUUAUGAGGUGAGGAACGAGUUUUACAAAGACUCUCAAGGGGUGAUCCUGGUGUAUGACGUGGGUCUGAAGGAGAGCUUUGAUGCUCUGGACAGCUGGCUGGUGGAGAUGAAACAGGAGAUGGGCUCCCACACCAACAUGGAGAGCAUCGUCUUCGUUGUGUGUGCCAACAAGGUGGAUCUGACGAAGCGGCGAGUGGUGGACGAGAGUGAGGGUCGACUUUGGGCAGAGAGUCGCGGUUUUCAGUACUUUGAGACGUCCGCACAGAGUGGAGAGGGCAUCAGCGAGAUGUUCCAGGCAGCACAAGUGCAGCACUCCUAUGAAAAGCAAAGCCAAGAACGGGGUCAUGUCCUCACAAUUUUGAAGUUCAUUUAAUAUUUUGUGAUUCAUUACUAUAUGCAAGAGUUGAUCUGGGUUGGGGGGUAAGCAACCAUUCAUGGGAGUUUUACUUGCAUAAAAUUGUUCUGAGGGCAGAACGGAAAAUGAUUGGUUCAGAGAGAUAACGAAUCAGAUUGUAGAGGAGGUGGAUCCAAGCAGCUAAAGGAGGCGGGAUCAAGAAAUGAGAUCCGUUGGUCCCGCAUUCUGCAGACCUUAAUAGUAACAGAUUUUAUCAUAUUGAUCAUAAGCCACAGGUGAAUGGGUUCAUCACAUGACCCCAGACCCAGGCCCUGUUUGUACGCACCCCCACCCCACUUCCACUCUU